AUUCACAAUAACGACGAGCAGUAUAAAUGCCCUCACUGUUCCGCAAGUUUUGUGACACAUCAGCAUUUGGUUAUCCACCUACGUUAUCACACCGGAGAGAGGCCUUUUGAGUGCCAUUUUUGUCACAAAAAAUUCAUUUCGAACGCCACCUUUAAAGCACACAUCAAAAUUCAUAACAAGGAUAAACAAUGUCCUCACUGUCCUGCCAAGUUGUUGACCACAGGGAAACUAAAGAUUCACAUCCGCAUCCAUCAUACCGGUGAGAAGCCGUUCGUUUGCGAAACCUGCAACAACGCUUUCAGUAACUCCACCAGUUUGCUGAAACAUAAAAGAAUUCAUACCAAUGGCAGACAAUAUGAAUGUCCACACUGUCCCGCCAAGUUCCACAAUUCAUUUUACCUCAAAACACACAUCCGCUUUCAUACCGGCGAAAGGCCUUAUGUGUGUAAAGUUUGCGACAAAGCGUUCUACACGUCCGGGAACCUGAAAACGCAUGCUAAAAUCCACAACAAGGACGAACAGCUUCAAUGCAGCUACUGUCCUGCUAGGUUCGCUCAGCCAGGAAGCUUAACGAUUCACAUUCGUACGCACACCGAUGAAAGGCCUUUUAUGUGCGAAAUUUGUGGGGCAAAAUUUACAAAUGGACCGUCGCUCAAGUACCACAUCAACCGAACACACGCCGGCAUGAAAGUGCCCUGCAAGCCCGUAGAAUGUAACAUAUGCAACAAAGUCUUGAGUUGCCCGAGCAGCUUGAAGACGCAUAAGAAAACUCACGAACCCAAGUUAGAGAAGGUUAAAAAAUAUCAGUGUCCCAAAUGUCCAACCAAGUUCUAUGAAGCAGGUUCCCUUAAAAGACACAUCCGUCAUCACACCGGAGAACGGCCUUUUUUGUGUAAAUUGUGCGGCAAAGCGUUCCAUACAGCAUCGAACCUGAAAACGCACGGUAAAACCCACAAUAAGGACCAACAGCAAAAAUGAUGUUCCUGUCCUGCUGGCUUCGUUUAAUCUGUGCCACACUAGUGAAACGUCUUCACAAUAAAAGUUUUGUGUGAAAUCCUGAACAAUGUCUAGUGAUCCAAAGAAAUGGGGAUACCGAACAGAACUAGGUCUGGAAACUGGACACUAGUCCAUGUAUUCUGCCGCAGCUAGGCUAUCCUUUCAAAAAAAUCCUUUUUCGGAAUCUCCUGCGUUCAGUUAUAAGAAAGCAAAAUGAAUAAUGAAACUGGACAAAGUGUGACGGUUGGACCUUAGAUUAUUAGAUACAUUUAUUUAAACCUACGCUUACAAAUCACGUUGGAUGACAAAAAAGAUAAUUUGACAAUCGGUUACAAAAAAGGUUUCGUUCCUUUUUCCGCCUCCGAGGAAGGGUGAGAGACGUUGGGACGGUUCAGUUCUUUCGGCACCAACCCGAUUCGCUCCUUCCCGACCCCUCCUGCGGUGCGGAUGUGUCCAGAACUUAAAUGGGGAAAAACGGUGAAAGAUAAACACAGACGCUGCUAGACUCCGCUGCUAGAUGUCCCCUGUUUUGGCCACCCUGCCCCCGUUAACGGUCGGCGUCGGCGCUACACUACUCGGCGUUCGCAUCCGGGUGCCGCUCCAACAGCAUCGCAACGCCUUGGCCACCAGCGGCACAGGCCGCCACAACGCCGAGUUGCCCAUUUUCGCGCACCAAACG